AGCGAGUGUGUUAUGGAGCUUAUCACUGGGUCUGGCAGCAACUUCACAGGAUCAGAUCACAUGACUGAAGCCACAGACACCAACGCAUGUGAUGGAUGAACCUUCUAGAUGGACUGUGCCAAAUAUUCUUAAAAACCUCCUCUCGUCACCAUUGUCCAUGGAAACAAGGAGUCAUUUACAAUAUUGGGAAAUAUACAGGACACAGAGAUCAUGGGGAAGCGUUAGCGAUAACCCAACAUUCAAAACAACCACAAUACAAGAUGGCAGCCUGGCAGACGUACAAUGGAACAUUUCUCUCCGUGGUGACAGCUGUUCCAGCGUUGUUUGGCUCCCUCCCGCUCUCUCAGGAGGAAGUGGAGCCCACAGAAUGGGUUGUGCUUCCUGUGCGAUAACAGCCUCAGUCGCAUCUUGCUCUCUCAGCCGUCACAUGCACACGCACACACACACACACACACACACACACACACACACACACACACACACACACACACACACACACACACACACACACACACACACACACACACACACACACUAUGGAAGAAACAACACAAAGAGCAACAUAUCUACUGAACAGGCAAAACAGAAAAUACUGGCAUUCAAAAUGCAUCGGCGUGAAUAUAGCAUGCAUGAUGUCUGACCUGUGAGCAGCUCUCAGGCUGUCUCAUGGGAAGUCUCUCUCUAAGGGGUUUAAGGAUAGAGUGGGAGGAGCUCAGGUAAACAGAGGCGUGUAGCACAACAACUGUCGUCAUGGUGCAUGUUACCUGUACGUGGUUGUUUACCUACUGUGUGUGAGAAAGAGAGGUCAUGGUAGGCCAGAAACAGCAAAACAGGAUUUUCUGCUGCUAACAACAGUCAGUAACUGCCUGAAGAGUGGAGGACAGUCUCUCUCUGUUCCCUUUUCUCAGGUUGAGACCACAGGACCGUUGGCGGCCUCCACUUCUUCAUCGAGGGUAGAAACUUAGAAAGAGAGAAGGAAACAAGUAAUUGAUUCUCCCUGCAACUUCUCUGUCUCUGCUCCUGUUCAACAUCUCAUCUAUGGAACAUCUACUGAGGACUCCUGCAGGAUUUUACCUCAACAAUUUAACCAACUAGCCAAGCCAACACUCACUCUUCUGAGAGGUCAAGCCACUGUGCUGGAGUGAGGAACGAGUUACUAGACAGCUAUUUAUCUGAAGUUUCUUUCAUUUAGACAGUUUAGUCACUGUGCUGUUCAGGCAUGUAGUUAAGAGUGACUCAUCCUCAGGAGGACCUGUGAGAAACAGACAGGGGGAAGCUUUUGAUACGACUCUCUCUGCUCAGGAACUUCUGGAACACAGAACCUGUGAUUUGACACCUGUAACUUCGAUUUGGUGCUCUGGAACUUAGAACGUGUUGUGUGAAACUGUUGGACAUCUGAUGUGGAAUGCUGGGAUGAUGACAUCGUAGACCUGUUAUUGGAUUAUUCUGGGAUGUCUUCCAUGCUGCAGCAGACGGAACUCAUCUUUGAGUUUGCCAGCGACCACGUGAACAAUGGACUACAGCUGGAUGAGCACUUGGCCUAUCCUGCAGUGAUAGUGGAGCAGAUCCCACAAUCCCACCUGCUCUCCUACACAGGCCUGGCCUGUGAGCAGACAUACACAGAAGACCACCUGUUAACAACAGUGGAGGACAGUGAGAGUGGAGAUGAGGAAACCAUGGAAACACUGGUGGCAGCUGAGACUCUCCUCAACAUGGACUCCCCUGACUCCCUCUCUCUGGACCAACAGCACUACACCCAGCUGUACGUCCCUGCCCUGGGUGAUGUCAUCACGUCACCCGUUACCCACCAGUUGACGGUGUCAGCGGAAGGCCUUGUGGGAGCUCUGGGCCAGCCCCAGUGGGUCACACUGCAGAGGGAGACUGUUGCUGAGCAACCAAAGAAGAAGAGAGCUAAGAAAUCCAAAAGGCCUGAAUCCCCCACACCGGACAUCACAUUCAAGAGGGGCAAAUACAGCAAAGGUAACACUAUGUUCUUGUGGCAGUUCCUGAUUGAGCUUCUCCAGGACAGACAGGCCUGCCCACGUUACAUCAAAUGGACCAAUCGGCAUGCAGGGAUCUUUAAGCUGGUCAACUCCAAGGCUGUGGCCAGACUCUGGGGCAAACACAAGAACAAACCAGACAUGAACUAUGAGACCAUGGGCCGAGCACUCCGGUACUACUACCAGCGUGGGAUUCUGAACAAGGUGGAGGGUCAGAGGCUGGUCUACCAGUUUGCCUCUCUGCCCAAAGACAUGGUCUUCAUCAGCGACGAUGAAGACCAGGAGGACCAAGACAAUCAUGAGGAAGAAGAGGACGAUGGCGAUGAUAGCGUCCCAGAUGACCCAGAGGACAGUCUGCCCUACAGUGACCAAUCCCUGGACGAUUUAGGGUCCUACGAGCAUUCUUUCCUUCCCCCUCCCCAGGCUACCAGAGGCUACCAUAGGCCCAGACAGACCAACACAGGUCCAGCAGCAGCCCAGCGGCGCCAACCCGGCCCAAAACCCAAGACCCAACCCCCAGCCUCGUCCUUAGCCCAUCGCAGGACAGUCCUCCGGCCACCAGGGAGCAGUCUGAUCCAGCAGCAGCAUCUGCCUAUAGUCUCAGCUGAGAUGCUGCGGACCCUGCAGAACGUGCAGUCUUUGCAGCCUGGUCAGCAUGGGUCAGUCUUCAGAACUGCUCAGCUGCUGGGGAGUCUGUGUGAGAGACAGGCUGCUAGUGCAGAACAGACCACCAGUCAGAUAGUGACUCUGCAGUUACAGCCCUUGACCUGCCCUGUCAAGCAGGAGGAGCUAGAGGUUAGGACUGAGGAGGACCCAGACUCAGGACUGAUUGUGGAGUAGGAUGCCCGAGACAUCUGAUCAGUAUCAGCCACUGUCCUUGCCCCAUAGCCAAGAUGACUGCAGAAGACAAUGAUUUUCAAAGGGAGACUUUAGAGAAAGAUGUUGGACAGUUGUGAUGUAAAUGUGAUUUAUUUUACAGAUGUGACAGACCUGGAUGGUCUUUCUCUCACUCUUACAUUCCCUUAUGCACCAGAGCCAUUCUUACAGAGAGUUAACCAAACUGUCUUCCAUGUUGGCACCAAACACUCCAUGUCGAUAACAUUCCUAAUCGGCAUUCUAACAAGAAUGUAAUUGUCUUAGAACUCUUGAUACCAACAUGACAGACAUUCUAAUUGCCGACCAAAGACAUGCACUGGAAUCUACAGCCUCGCUGCAGAGCAUUCUGCUCUGCUCUAUCUCUGUUCGCAAUUCAGCUCCACUGAAUGCAUGGGAGCUCGUGCACUGUUCUUGUUCUCUCAAUGUUCUUUUCUCCGCCAUGACCAGUGCUUUGCACUAUUAACAUGUACCAUUUCUUUGUCACCACUCUCUCACCUACCAAAGUGCCUCAAAUAAUCAUUUUCCAGCUUUCACCAAAGACAGUCUUAAAUCUGUAGCAUGCUAGCUACCACAUAUUGCUCCUUAACAUUCUUAUUUAUGUGUGUCACUUGUUGAUCUUCAACGUAAACACACUCUCAUAGUCACCCACACCAGUAGAAGACCCACCAUCAGUGCUUGAGCUAAAUGUGUCCUGGUUGAUGUGUUCAGGGAGUAUAUUCCAUAGAGAUGGCACAUCGCACGGAUUGGGGUUCUAGUGUUUGUCAGCAGAUCAUUCAACGUGCUGUGUUGUAGGGACCACCCGCUGUAGACAUCUGACUGCCUACAUUUUCCACAGGAUUCUACAUGUAAAAUCGGAAAUUAUGUUCGGAGAUGCUAAGUACUCUCGGCCAGCAAACACUACUGGUGUGUCUGAGCCCUUAACUUUACAGGCUUUUGGUUACAUUCAUACUUAAGUAGAGAAUAUAAAAUAAAUACAAAUCAAAAGGGAUUUUCUGUUUCAUUUUUGCAGCGGUACUGUUGGCUUUACUGCAUCUUAAUCUCAAUGUUAACGGGGUGGCUGAUGACUAUCAAUGAUGAUAACUGAAUGAUAAAACUUCUCUCACGCUUUUGCUUUUAAGAGAGUAAACGUACUUCUGCCAGAGUUGGUAGUUGCCCAAUGACCCUGAUCUAAGGUUUUCCCUGGUCAUCAUUUGGGGACAGUAAGCUGAUCCUAGAUCUGCCCCUAUGGGCAACUCCUACCUGGAGCCCUUCUGCCAGCAAUCUUGUUAGCAUUCCUGAUAUGCUGUAAUAGUUAUACAUGUGCUUUCCUGGACCAUAUAUGCCUUCAUAUAUAUGUUUGUGAACAUGUGACUUAAUACUUUUUCUGUCAGUUGUUUCUCAGGUGCAUCUGUGUUUAUUUGCUGCACAAACACAGUAUAUACCAUCCCAAUUCCCAAAUGUACUCAUCUAUGCAAAGUAUGAUGAUGUUGCUCCUCAGGCCUAGACUCUGAUCUAUGGUUAGUUUUGCUGAUCCUACAAGGAUGGCUUAUAUAUAUCCUAAUAAAAAGCACAUUUUCUGCAAUCUUUUCCUUUGAUAAUAUUGCCUUAUGCUUCUUUGCUUUUGCUGGAAGUCUCUGAUAUAUUUGUUACUGCUAUUGUGUGAGGAACUAAUUGUGAAAAUAUAUACAGAAGGAGUUGAUAAAAUAGGAAUUAUUAAACUUGUUUUCAAGAAAUAAAAGCUUUAAUUUUGAAUGAA